CCCGUCUUUCGCCUAGUACUUUCGCUACUCCCUGACCCAAUCCACAACACUCUUCUCCCAAGGCUUAUCCCCUCCUCUCUCCAACCUACCUUGCCUCACUUCGUUUACGCCGACAUGCCCAAGGUCAAGAGCCAGACGAAACUCAAGCAAGAGGUCAAGAGCGAAGACGAGGAUCAGGAGCGCGAAACGACCAAGCGUAACCGCAAGGCCUGGACGCUUGAGGAGGAGGAGCGGUUCGCGGCCGUCAUCGACAAGCUCUGCACUCAUAACCUUUGGCGCGAGUGCAAGGAUGACCCCGUACUCGCGGGGCGUGGCGCGGGCGGCGUCAUCUCACAUUGGAAGGCGAUCCGCAACAAGGCCUUCAAGAAGUCAAGCUAG